CAACAUAUUAAUUUUUCCUACUUCUUCUCCCUCUGUACCCAUACUCCAAAUUAAUAUUAACCAUCUUUUCUCAUUCACCAACUUUUUUAUUAUCUUUCCAUAUAUCCUUUUUGUUCAUCUCUUUGACAUAUUGACUGAAAAAUAUUGUUACGUACUAUCUUUGUAUUUCUUUAAGAAUCAAAGUAUGGAACAUUUUGGCAAUUCAACAAAAGAAGAGUUCGAUCGAUCAUUUUUGGUGCCUCAACCAAAGGAGGGUCUUCAUGAAAAUGGACCUCAACCAUUUCUUACAAAAACAUACGAACUUGUGGAUGAUCCAACUAGCAACGACGUCGUUUCUUGGAGUAGAGGUAACAACAGCUUCAUAGUAUGGGAUCCACAGAACUUGGCCAUCAAUUAUCUUCCAAGGUAUUUCAAGCAUAGCAAUUUCUCAAGCUUUGUCAGGCAGCUAAAUACUUAUGGAUUUAGGAAAGUAAAUCCAGACCAUUGGGAAUUUGCUAAUGAAGGUUUCUUAAGAGGGAAAAAGCAUCUCUUGAGAACAAUAAGGAGGAGAAAAACAAGCAAUUUCAUCAAGUCAAUUAACCAAGGUAUGGACUCAUCAUCAUCAUGUGUUGAAUUGGGAAGCUUUGGAUCAUUCAAUGGAGAAAUUGAUCGAUUAAGGCGCGACAAGCAGGUUCUCAUGAUUGAACUUGUUAAACUUAAACAGCACCAAAAGACUACUAAAUCACACCUUCAAUCUAUGGAACAAAAGCUUCAAUGGACAGAAAUCAAACAGGAGAAGAUAAUGAGUUUCUUGGCUAAAGCAUUACACAAUCCAAACUUUGUGGAGCAAAUAAUGCAACAAAAGGAUAAAAGGAAACAACUUGAAGAAGCAAUCAAGAAGAAGAGAAGGAGGCCAAUUGAUUAUCAAGCUGGUCCUAGCAAUAUAAUUAAGUUAGAACUUGAUCAAGAUUUUGGUGAUCAUAUUAAUAAUGAAUUUGAUAAUGAUUUAGAAGUUGCUAUGAACAUGCAAAGUGGGAGCACAUUAAUCAAUUUGGAAGAAGAAGAAGAAAAUAAUUAUGUUGAGAAAGAUGUAGAGCAUAAUGAAGGAUUUUGGGAGGACAUGCUGAAUAAGAAUGUUGAAGAUGAGAUUAUGGCUUUGCUUGGUGUUAAUGAACAAGAGGAUGAACAAGUUCAUGUGGAUGUUUUAUCUCAAUAAUUACUUGAAUAAACAGACAAUUUCUCUGGCUCAAGAUUUAUGGAUUGUGUUAGUUCUUAAUUAAUCGGAAUCAUGAUUUGAUUAAUUUCGUUACUUGGAUACAUACGUACAUCACUACUCAUAAACUUGAUUUGCACUUCUUUCUUUAAUUUUCUUUUUGGAAUUUGUACGUUUACUUAAGGUUCAAUGUCUUUUUAGGGAUCGUCAAUAGAUGGACACAUAUAGUAAGGAUUUAGCGUUGUUGCAGUACUUUAUAAGCUAUUUUAGUACUUAAUUGGUAUUACUUGCUCAUUAUUGUA